AUGUUCAAAAUUAUUCUUCUGAUAUUUUUAUUCGGAUUAGUUUCGGUUUCCUCGAAAAAAAUCCACAUUCAAAUUCGUGAUAAUGUAACACAAAGUUGUCCAAAUGUCGAUUCGGAUUUGAUCGAUGAAUCUUCAUUGAAAAUUUCAAUGAAAAUGUUGAAAUCAUCGAAUCAAGAAGAUGAUGGAGAAGAGAAAGAUGAAGUUACGAUAACUGAUUUAAAUGGUGAGACUAGGAAAAUUGAUUUCCCUGGUUGUUAUCGAGUCAAAGUUAGUUUCAAAAUGCUUCGGAAUAUUGAAAAUCCAUAUAUCGAAGCAUUUAUGCAAUUGGGUCAAAAUAUUCCAUGUCAAUCUGAAGAAAAAUUGCAAAAUUUACGAGGAGUCGAAUCGAUUUGCACAAAUGUUACGAAACCAGCGAGUUGGUGUCCACAGAGUUAUAAUUCACAGUUGAGAAAUAUGUUAGGAAAUAAGAAAUCAUGGUGAGUCGAUCAAUAGAUACUGUAGAUCGAGAAUAACGUUUUCUAGCAAAUUCUGUUCACUAUGUGAAAACGCUAAAGACGAAUCGAAGUUAUCGAAAAUCCGAAAAUUCGUGACAAACGAAGGACGACAGGAAUGCUCAACUAAGGAUGAUAUUCAUAGAUAUACUUUCAAAAUGUGCACACCAAAUCAAAGCGAAGUUAACGAAAAUGACGAAAUAUCGAAGGAUAAAAUUGAGGAAUAUUGGCAUUAUUUGAAACAGGUUAAGAUUGAUGUCCGUGUUCGAAAAUAUAUUGAUUUUUUGAAUUUUUUUCUCAAGAUUCCGGUUCAAAAACGUUCAAUAACAAAAUAAAAAUCAUUUCUUAAAAUUUUCAUAGUUGAAUAGAAAAAUUGAACAAAAUAACUUUUAAAAUAUUUUUUAAAUAUAACCAAUUUUGACUAUCUAAAAUUUUGAGAAAAACAAAAAAUCUAUAUAUUUUUUGCUACACAAGAUUCAAAUUUUCUCCACCUAACUUCUAUCAUACUUCCAGGGAAUAAUGACAACCGUAAUCCACGUCAUGGAUCGAUCACCAAUGACAACAAAAAGAUCAGAUCAAUGUCAAAAAAUGUGUGGAACUUUUAUGGAUUCAACACUGAAUCCAACUUAUAAGAAGACUUUGGAAAAAUCGAUUGAAAAGCUUUGUGCACCAGUUGACACUUAUGCUGCGUGUCUUUAUCAUACUGUUAAAUUUGAUGUUAAUUCAGAUUUUUGA